AUGAAGCAGAGCGGUAAGGACUUGGUGCAGGAGGUGGUGUCGCUUCGUCGCUCUCUAGAUGACGCUGAGGGGCUCAGCAGAGAUGCAAAGAAGGACUGGGCUGUCCUGCGCAGCCAAAAUAUGGCAGUGGAGGAGAUGAAUGUGACUCUGAGUGCCAACCAUGAGAAGAUGGAAGCUGAGGUGAAAAGCCUGCACUUCCAACUUGACACGGAGAAGUCACGCAACAGAAAGAUGCAGAGCGAUCUCCAAAAAGAGCUGAGUGUGGCAUUUGACGAGAACACAAAGCUCACCACACUGCUAGAUGGAAAAGUCCCAAAAAAUCUGAUGCACAGCAUGGAACUUGAGAGAACAGUGGCCCACCUGAACAGAGAGCUCACUGUGUCUCAUGAAGCAGAGGGAUCCCUCAAAGCUCAGCUGGAGGAGCUAGCUUCUUUCCAGACUCUUCCAGAGAAGCUGGACAGUUUGAUGACACAGUACUGCUUCCCUGGAGGGGAGCGUGCAGUCGCUACAGAGGCUCUGAUACGGCCGGUGUAUAUCUCAGCACCGGGAGUCACAGCGGGCUGA